UACAUAUUAUAGGGGACCCAUGUAAAUGAAAUAUGAAUUACAGUAGUUACUACCAAAGGUACGGUGGAAGGUCUGAAGUUUGGUGGCUGCUUGUGUGGUGGGAGGGCAAAGGGUGACCUCAUGAUUUGCAACAAAAUCUUGAUAUUUUAACACACUUUUGAGGCUUUAACUUGGUCAAGUUUUUAAAAUAUCUCAACCCCAUGACUGAGUCUAUCUCUGGCUUAAAAUUAUCUCAGCUUUGAAUCAAACAAAAAUAUAGCUAUCCGGGCAUUCCCUUGAGAAAUGCUUUGGGAUGUGGCUUUCCCAGAAUGUGUACCUAUUUUUGGAGCACUGUUUGCUACAAGUAGAAGCUAAUUCAUGGACAAGAUUCAAUAUAGAAAUGACCUUAACUUGUAAAAGAAAUAACAGAUCCAACUGAAUCUGCAGAAAAAAAAAAAAAAAAAAGUUAUAAAUUUGGAGAAUUAUUUGGAAAGGUUAACUUUGCCCUCAGCCUGUUGAAUUAAGUCUCAGAGUUUAAAGAAUAAUUGGGUUGUGAAAAUAAGAAAUUAUGAAGGAAAAUGAGAGGGAAUGAUAUCGAACUGCAUCAAGUACUUGCGUUGAGGGUGAGAAGUACAAAUUUAAUUCUGUUUGGCAUUGGUGCUUGCUUUGCUUCUUCGUCUAUAUUCACCCUUCAUUCCACACAUGGAAUCGGAUCCUUCCCCCUUUACCAUGUUAUUAAAUGCCAAAGUCUCCUUAGAGCAAUGCAAAAAGGAAAAAUAUUAGAGAUAAGAAUCCAACUCAUUCUUUAGAGAAGCCAUGAUUUUCAAGAACAAUAGCAUUGAGCUCCUCUUCUUGGCUAGUAUCAUUCUUCUCAGUAUCGCAGCUGAAAAAUCCAGACUGCUGGUUGGAGAAGAAAAUUCAUCAAAAAGUUGGACAGGGAAGUUUACAGUCUUUAACUGCUUUGACGUGGGCACUGGGACGAUAGCAUGUGUGGUCAAGGAGGUUGUGAGGAUCUAUCUACACUAUAUCAGGGCGGUUCAUGUACGAAAAGUAAGAGCAGAGGCAGAAACGGAAGCACUGAAUGAGGGAUUCUCACAGGGACUGAGCUAUGAAGAUUCCAGCAAGCAGGCAUGUGAAAAGGGAGAUGCAGCAGCAAGGAGGGCAUAUCUCCAAGCCAAGCACAUCAUGGGGCAUUUGAUUUCCUCAGGAUGGGACGUUUUUGAAACUCUGUACGUUGGGGGCACCAUUACAGAAGGGUUAAUUAGGGGCAGUGGUACACUGUUGGGAUCACAUGCCGGUGGCUACAUUGGAGAGCAGAGGCUUGGGUGGAUUGGGUCUCUUGUUGGAAGCCACAUGGGGAGUUGGGUUGGAGGAAGAAUAGGUCUAAUGGCUUAUGAUGUGGGGAAUGGAGUUCAGUACUUGCUUCAACUUGUUGGUAAAGAACAUAGCUCUAAUGGAAGCUCUAGUUCGAGGGGUUCUUUGCUUUAGUGCAGAAAAAGGGAGAUCAAUACGUUGCUUACUAAUGAAUUAAUUGUAGCAAAAGACCAAGCAGAUAUUGCGCUUUCCUUGGUGUAAUAUGAAAACUUCCACACAAGUUCGCAUGAAUAUUUCUACUUGGAGUGUUAACUAGCAUCGGUUUAUUCCAGAUUCUUUUAACUUCUAAAGCAAAUGGGAGCUUAACAUCCUCUAGAACAUUCAA